CAAGCUUCAUUUUUCACUGUUAUUUAGAUUAGUAUUGUGGAGUAACUACAAUGUGGUUGACGCCUCUGCGUUUAUUACUAUCAUCCUUGUCAUGACGCAGCACUAGGUUAGUAUGGCGAAGAUGCGUUUCUGUUAGAUUUGGUGAUGUGUAGAUUUAUAUUCUAAGAUACAGUAAAAUAACGGUAGGUAUGUUUUUUUGUACGACAAACUGCUAAUAGGCUUAGAUUAUUUUCACACUAACGUCAGUAGCUAAUUCGAAAAUUGUACCAUGCAAUCUAUGGUAUGCAACAAGGAAUACAGCCGUAGGAUUUUAUAAAAUGUUCAAGUCAGAUAAAUCAGAUUUUGGUCGGUAAAAUGGAUUGUGACGUCAGGGUUUAAAACCCCCAGGGGAGGGAGAGCAAGGUUGGAGUGUCGUAUGUAAGCUAUUCGCCCACGGUAAAGUAGGCAGUAGGCGAGGAAGAGCGAGCACGAGAGACGCACCACCCACCAAGCUAAAUAACAUUCUUAUUCCCUAUUGAUCAGGGCAUGACUCCUCAAAUAUCACUCUAGUGAGGUGUGAACAGCAAGAGCGGUGAUAUGGCCUAUAUCCAGAUACCCGAUGAUGAGAAGGGGUAUAAGUUGGACCUCUUCUGUGUCCCCAAACACUAUGAGGAGGAUUUAGACCAGGUUAUCAUCCCCCAUGGACUGAUCAUGGACAGGACUGAGCGCCUGGCUCGUGAUAUAGUCCGGGACAUGGGGGGACACCAUAUAGUAGCACUGUGUGUUCUCAAAGGAGGUUAUACAUUCUUUGCCGACCUGCUGGACUACAUCAAGGCCCUAAAUCAGAACAGCGAUAAGUCUGUCCCGUUGACUGUGGAUUUCAUUAGGCUAAAGAGCUAUUGCAAUGACCAGUCUACAAACAUUGUCAAAGUUAUCGGAGGGGACGAGCUCUCAACUCUAACCGGGAAGAAUGUUUUGAUAGUUGAGGACAUUGUGGAGACUGGGAGAACUAUGGAGACACUGCUAUCACUGCUGAGUGAAUGCAAUCCAAAGAUGGUCAAAGUCGUCAGCCUUCUAGUCAAGAGAACACCAAGGAGCUCAGGAUACAGACCAGACUACAUCGGGUUUGAGGUGCCAGAUUUGUUUCUGGUGGGAUAUGCCCUGGACUACAAUGAGUACUUCAGAGAUCUCAGUCACAUCUGUAUACUGAACGAGAACGCAAAGGAGAAGUACAAAGUGUGAGCUGAGGUGAUAGACAGAUGGAUGACGAGAGACUAGGACCACUGUGAUGAUCCUGAGCUUUUUAGGGUUCUGAACCUUAUUUAUCUGUGUAUGAAACCUAUUGUGAAUUCAGUUUGCAAGAUACUAUU